AUUCUUUGAAAAGAAACUGACAGCAUCGCUGGGACUUUUUUUCUGUUGGCACAGUUUCAAUCUGAUUGUCCUCCAAAUUGUUUUACCUUUCUCUGACACUACUUGAAUGUAGUGCACGUCCUCCUUCUCUCUUCAACCAUGGCGAGCGCAAGCCCUUGUCCGACCCCGUCCAUUGUGGAGGUUCCCACGCAAAGCUUGGUCUUGGAGUUCUUCUCACGCCGGAGCGACAGCAGUGAUGCUUCCGUCGACGCCUGGCCCGUUGCGUCAGCUUCCGCCGCGAACCGUACUCGUUUUGGACUGCGAAGGUCGUUCAGUGAGGAUCCGAGUUUGCUACGCGGACAGAGAAAGUCCGGCGACCACAGACGACAGAGGCUCAAACCUCUGCAGGACAACAACAACAGCACGAACGUCCAGCUAGGCGCUUCCGCGAAAAGCCAUUGUCCUCCACUGGCCGAAGCCGACCAGGAAGAUGAUUCGGAUGAUUUUGUCGUUGAAGAUCCUGUACUAAAAACAGUUGGCGAGAGCAGCAAUGGACUUACUACCGUUGAUUGUGCCCGUGAUAGUGAGGUGCUGACAGAAAGGAUCACUGGUCAGUGUGCACAAUGGGACCAGGACGACCAGGCCUGCUCGGACGGGCCUGCAACCCUGUUGAUGCGGCGGAGAGGCAGCCUGAAGAAGCUGAUCAUGCCAAGCCGAGCUAAUUCAACGGCGGAAGCCCGACACUCCAACUCCUCGCCAAAAUCACCCUGCGAGCUUGUUGUGGAGCGGCUCGCGGCCAUUGGAGAUGCAGCGGAGGCCAAGCAGCUUGCUUGCAAAGGUGUAGGUGAGUUGGUGUUGAUCAGAAACAUCAUCUACCCUGAUUUCGAAAGGGUAGGGAAGGAAAAGUUCGUUCCAGAUGGCGGCCGAAUGAGCUGGCAGACGAUCGCAGCGUUCCUGUUCUUCAGCCACGCCAUUGCCCAACAUAUGGGCCGAGAGGACACGGUGCUGGCCUGGGCGGCGAAGUUCAUCGCGGACAACUUUCUUGCCUGGGUUGAAUCUCAAGGCGGAUGGAUGGCGUUGCUCAACUACUCUCAGCAGAAGACACAGGCGGGCACCGUCCAUGCAGGUGCAGACGACACCGACUAUGCAGCCGGCGCCAACGCUGUUGCAGACGUGUGCCCGGCAGACGCAGCAGCAGCGGAGCCCGUUACUCCGCUGACGGUUGGCGGCGUUCUUCUCGUCACUGCAGCAGCCGUGUUUAUCUUGCUAGGCAUCGCGCUAGCUCCGCGACGUUGAGAGUGUGCCAGCGGUACGUGAUGCCCACUCUGUUCCUUCCUCCGAGAGCGUGCCGAGCCUGGUUGCUCCCGGUAGAUAAGGCCACCUGGUGUGGCUUCGUCUAUACGUUUGCCUUACGCCGGGUUGCACGGGGCACGCCUGUGUUCAGCAGCCUGCCGCUCUUGGACCAUAAUGGUGGCAGUGUAGCGCCACUCCUGGUGUGUGUGUGUGUGUGUGCGUAUGUGUGCGUGCGUGUAUGUGUGUGUGGUGUGUGUGUGUGUGUGUGUGUGUGUGUGUGUGGGUGUACGUGCGCAUGUUUCUUUCAGUUUAUAUGCUCGCUGAUGCUGGUCAUCCAUGUCCAAUGAUACCCAUGUAUUAUUUGUGUGCGGUACGAUUGGUUUCUGUCGACACCUGUUACUUCUAUCAGUACCAUAGUUCAGUGUGCUGGCUUUGCCAAAUGUUUGUGACGAGCCGGAGCGUCAUAUUAUACUCCGGUCUUUUCUGCUGCCUCUGAUCGCUCAUCGAUGUGAUUCAUGCCACCCUUCACCACGGCCGUAGCGUGACGGUGCCUUCCGGAGGUCUUCCACUCUGGCCGGCUGUUCCACGCGCGCCGUUUCAGCCAACAAAUUACCUUCUUGCAUGUUCCCGGGGCCAAUCCCGCGAUCAUUGCGACCGAACUUUCAAUUCUGCACACUGCCGUGCAGCACAUUUCUCUUCUAUUGCCGUCGAGGCGCACGCACGCUGCUUCCUUCGCCGCCUGCGACUUAUUGCUAAGGCUUUCUACCGGACUUUUGACGCUCCCUGGACCCCGGGGUGUCCGUCGCUGACUUACACUACCACCAAAACCCGUUCUAUAGCUUAUCCUCUUCCCCUGCUGGUGUUCUACGCAAUGUUUUGAGCUGUUGUGUUGAGUGCUGUCAACGUUUCAAUGCUUAUAUUUAUCAAUUAUAACUACAGUGAUAUAUACAGUAUGAUUUUAUUAUUGCUCUAAGUAACCACCGCUGGUUGCCAUGUUCUGUUGCGUGUGUUACCGUCAUACUCCGUUAUUAUAUACUCCAUGAUUCAAGAGAACUGUCCUUGAAUACA